GGAGUCAGCUGACCUGGAUCAAGCCGGAAGAAGUCCUGGAUUGGGUCCCCAGACAUCAUGAGGUUCCGGUUCUGUGGCGAUCUGGACUGUCCCGACUGGGUCCUGGCCGAGAUCAGCACACUGGCCAAAAUUUCCUCUGUGAAGCUGCGGCUGCUGUGUAGCCAGGUGCUAAAGGAGCUUCUGGGGCAGGGGAUUGAUUAUGAGAAGAUCCUGAAGCUUACUGCUGAUGCCAAGUUUGAGUCUGGAGACGUGAAGGCCACGGUCGCAGUGCUGAGUUUCAUCCUGUCCAGUGCAGCCAAGCAUAGCGUGGACAGCGAUUCCUUGUCCAGUGAGCUGCAGCAGCUGGGGCUGCCCAAAGAGCAUGCCACCAGCCUGUGCCGCUGUUAUGAAGAGAAGCAGAGCCCCCUACAGGAGCACCUUCGGGCCUGCAGCCUACGUGUGAACAGGCUGGCCAGCGUGGGCUGGCGGGUAGACUACACCCUGAGCUCCAGCCUGCUUCAUUCUGUGGAGGAACCCAUGGUACACCUGCAGCUACAGGUUGUGCCGGCCCCAGGUGCUCUGGCCCAACCUGUUUCCAUGUCCCUCUCAGCAGACAAGUUCCAGCUGCUCCUGGCAGAACUGAAGCAAGCACAGACCCUGAUGACUGCUUUGGGAUGAGAAGGGUGUUCCCUGCGUCUGUGCAGCUGCCCUUCGUGCACUGAGUGGCUCCCCUCCACACUCCUCCUGCAAGGGUGGCCCUGACCUCUUGAGUCCUGGGUAGGAAUGGCGACUGGGGAUCUUCUUCAGAAGUGCCUUGUCAACCAUUUUUAUGGGCAAGAAGAAUAAACAAGCAUACAGCAGUG